AGGGGAACUCAGGGUUAGAACAUUGAUUACUUUCUAGUUAAAUAAUUCUGUUAAAUGUGAAAAAUGAAAAUUGGUGUAGGAAAUUUUCCGCUAAUAAUUCUUUAUGUUCUAACUACCCUGAUUUGCGGUUACUUAGGAGCGAGAAAUUUCAAAAUUCAACUUACUGAUACAAAGUGCACCCACAAACCGAAAUAUGCAUCAAGUGUAUCUUGUUCGCUUAGCGAGCCUGCGCCAUCUACCGGAACUAGUUAUUAUCUACAAAUGAAAAGACAGGUCAAAGACUUUCGAAUGGACGUAAUGAUGUUUGUAGAACGAUCGAAAAAAUUCUUUUUACUCUUCAAGGCAGCCGAUAUUGAUGUUUGUAAAGAAUUUCACAGUAAUGUUACAAUUAUGUAUUUGCAAUUAAUAAAAAAUAUUACUCUUGAUGCUGGAAGUUGGCCACAUUGCCCAGUGCCAGAGAAUUAUUUUUAUAAAUUUGAAAAUAUGACACCAAAUGCUGAAUAUCUACCAAGUUAUUUGCCACAAGUUGGUUUUAAGUUUGUAAUUGAUUUAAAAGAUAAAAAAGAAGUUUUUAUGGAUCUUUCUAUUUUUGGCAAGAUUGUUUAUAAUAAGAAAAGAAGAAUAGCGAGUUGA